AUGUCAGCAGAGCGUAAGGGUCUCAAAGCUGCUCUCGCUCAGAUGCAACAGGAACUUCCAUUCGACUUUCCCUGUAUCGUGAAUGGUUUACCGAUUAGAACUGGUAAACUUGCAAAGCAGCCCAUACCCGCCCGUCAUCUCUACAUACACCACGAGGCAGAUGAAUCGGCUGUAGUCACCGCGAUUGAUGGUGCCCUUGCCGCCAAGGCCGAGUGGGAGGCCAUGUAUUGGAACAAUCUCGCCGCCUUCUUCCUGCAUGCUGCAGAGCUUGUUAGCGGCAAGUACCAUUACAAUUCGAUGGCAGCUACCAUGCUUGGUCAAGGAAAGAACGCUUGCCGCGUCGAGUAUCGUGCGCUGGAAGGAUUUGUUCUCGCAAUUUCGCCAUUCAACUUCACAACAAUUGGUAGCAAUCUUCCAGUUCUCGCGAUCGUCGGCAACACACUCAUAUGGAAACCUUCACCAACGGCUACGUAUUCCAACUACUUGGUCUACCAGAUUUUUGCGAAGGCCGGUGUUCCAGCUCGCGUCAUCCAGUUUGUCGUCGCACAGGUCAUAUACCACCCCAACUUUGCAGCACUCCACUUCACGGGCAGGAUCUUUAUAUUCAAGAAGUUAUGGAAAGACAUUGCCACAAACCUAGACAAGUACAGAGGGUAUCCGAGAAUCGUCAGCGAGACAGGAGGGAAGAAUUUCCAUGUCAUCCACAAGUCGGCAGACGUCCGAUAUGCGGUUUUGCAGAGCAUUCGAGACGACUUUGAGUAUCAAGGACAAAAAUGUUCUGCAUUGUCACGGCUAUAUGUUUCCUCUUCACUUUGGUCAUCUGGAUUCAAAGAUCUGCUCCUGUCCGAGGUUGCGAAGAUCACAGUUGGUCACCGUCAGACUACAGCAACUUUAUGGGACCCAGGUCGUCCGGCUUAUGACAAAAUAAUGGGCGUUAUCCAGAAAGCCAAGGAUGCGGGAGGGGAGGCCUAUUUCAUACAACCUACCAUCAUUCUAACCAAAUAUCCUCAAUCAAUCACGAUGAAAGAAGAAAUCUUUUGUCCUGUCAUCACUGUCUAUGUGUACGACGACACGAAUUAUGAGAAGACUCUGGAACUGCUCGACAACACCUCGCCUUGUGCACUGACUGGCUCUACCUUUGCUGCAGACCGGAAAGCGCUUCUGACUGCCACAAACAAGCUACGCAAUGCUGCCGGCAACGUCUAUUACAACAAGAAAUGCACUGGCGCAGUCGUGGGUCAACAGCCCUUUGGAGGAGCACGAGCAAGCGGGACCAAUGAUGAAGAGCAUCUUCUACCG